AUGUCGAACCCAAACGAAGCACAAGCAGGUACCCUCAGACCCAUGUUCUGGGCUCAUGUUUCUACAGACGAUGCUGGUUACUCCAGCAUUCUGCAUUCGCGGGAAUCUGCUCUCCUGCCCGAGCGCGAGCAGCAUGGUGCGACCAAUGCAAGCUCUGUAUCAUCUACCAGGCCAAGCCAUCGGCCAAGCGCAUCUGUAUCAUCGGCCUCUUCGACAGUCUCAACAGAGUCUACACCUUCAUCGCCGGAAGCAUCCGAAUCAGGAUAUCCUGUCCAGAUCAAAAUCCGACGAGCCCCUCUGAAGCGCAAACCAAUACUGCGAAGAUGCUGUUCACCCAUGACCGAGAGCUUACGCGAGAUACGACAGAGGCAGUCCGAAGAAGACUUGCGCAACCUGUACGAAGCGCAGACUCUGGCGUAUCUGAAUGAUGCGAUCCACUUCUGA